CUAAGUUGUUCGCUUAAUUAGUCAACUGCUGGCCUUUGAAAUUUGAUAAGCGGCUUAUCGAGAAACACUUAAGAUGGGAAAAAAGGGCAAAGGAAAGGGUAACAAGUUGGCCAAGAUGUCCGAGGAGGAGAGGGCCAGAUAUCUGCAAAUGCGCGCUGAUGCCGAAGAGGAAACGAGACGUCGCAAAAUGCAGCUGAUUGCACUCUACAUGAAGAAUAAACUGAAGCGCGAAGAUGCUUUUUGUCGACUAAAUAUGGCCAAAAUCAAUCAAGAAUGGCGCAGCAUCUUGCGCCAAGUGAAAAUUCAAGAUCUACGCCGUGAGAUUGUUGAUGUGGAGCAGUUCUUUAAAGAGGCAUUAAAGCGCAAGGAUCAAGUUAUUCAGCGGCUGAUUGGCGACAUCAAUUCCACCGAAGACAUGUACGCUAAUCUGCAGCAGUCGCACAUGGAGAACAUAGACAAGAUCAUAGAGCUACAUCGCAGUCGCAUUGAGUUCUUCAGGCAUAUCUAUGAGGAUGACAAGCGAGCGGUGCUCAAGGAGUGGGAUGAGGACUCGAACGUGUUCAGGAGCAUGCAAACCGAGAAGCAGCAGCAGCUGGAGUGCGUUUUCUACCAGGUGGAGGAGACAACGGACAAGGCGGUGAAGGACAAUCACGAACGCUACUUGGAUCGUGUCGAGGAUCUAAAGAGUGGAAUGCAAUUGAAGCUUGAGCAGAUCACGGGCAAGGGCGAGUCCAAACUGGAGGCGCUGUGGGAGGAAUAUCAAUCAGUGCUCGCCGGCUAUGGCAAGCACAUCGAAGGUUUCUACUCGGAGUAUGUUGAUCUGAAGCAGCGCGACGAGGAGAGCGCUCAACAGAUCAGCCAACAAAGCUAUGAGAUUGAGCAUCUGAUUGAACAGCUAUCCAAUCUGCGACUGCUCUCGGAGGAACAGCAGAUAAAGCAGCAGGCACAGCUGGAGCAUCGACAGAGUAUCAAGCAGCAACUCAUCGAACGCUUUCGGGAAUUGCGCACCUGUGUGGACAAGGAACUCGAGGAGGAGCACAAGCUCUUCAAGCUGCUUUCCGUGGAGAGUUACGAUGUCAUUGAGACUCUCAAGGGCAUUCUCGUCAAGGGGGAAACUUUGUCCCAGCUGACACGCAUCUGCGCCAAGAUGGAAACGACGCGGGAGAAAAUGUUCAUGCUGCCGCAGCUGUCGCGUGAGAUCAUUGAGAUACGUGAGGUGCAGUCGCCUGCAGAAGAAGAUGCCGUCAGCGAUCCUCUCAAGGAAGAAAUGGCUAUGCUACCACAGAUGGAGACCUUCUGGCGACGUGUCAACAAUGUGGCAGUCGAUGUGGCCUGCCUGAAGCAGCAGAAGCGCCAGCUGGAGGCAACCAAUGCGCAGUUGAAGGCGCAGCUGCAGGAGUAUCUGAUCAAUCUAAACAUCAGUAACGGCUCCAAUAGCCACAUUCAAGGAUAUCUGUCCAAGCGACCCAAGAGCAUGUCUGUGGAUCGCGUCACUCAGUUGAGACUGCAGCCAAAGCAGGUGAAGAGCGCCAUGGCCACAGCUGGCGGUAGACGUCCUCUGCAACAAUCUAGGGGACAGGAGGACUACGUGCCCACGUGUGAGGCACGGAUCUCGAGCUCAAUGCGAUCUCGUAGCUUAAUGCGGAGCAGACCACAGUUGGCCAAGAUCGAAAUUAGAACUCAGUUUGCAUAGUUUUUGAUGUAAAGUCCCAAAAAGUCAAUCCAAUCAGAUUAUACAUAAAUUUACCGGAAUAAUAUUGCAGAAACUUUUGGAUUUUUCUUUUGAAAUACUUAGUUAUUAGACGAAAAUGCAAAGUUCCCGGAAUAUUAUAAAACGGCUGGCGAUCGGUCGCUGUCCACCGCCCGCACUUGGCAGAAUGCCCGUUCAAGACGCGGCACCGCAGAAUGGACGAAUUUUUGUUCAUGCCCGGCUAGCGAAUUGUUGCCGUAAGUUAUAUACCCGAUUAUUUGGCCGGAGCCGUGAAACUGUAUUAAUGCAGGCAUUGGCAACGCGACGUCGCAAGUACAACAUGUCCUGGCUGAAGACAGCUUUACGGCUCAAAGUACCCGAUGCCGCUGCUUGCACCGCAGCCGCAACCAUAACCGAUACUCUGAGCAUGCCGCUCAAGGAUUGCCACGAACUGCAGCCACAGUCCAUAUGCGCCGCUUCCCCGCCCGAUUUGACCCGCAAUUAUUAUACGCAAUCGGGUAAAAAAUACAGGCGCCCCUCUAGCUUGUAUAACAAGGUGCGCAUUCAAAGUCUGGUAAUCAGAGCAAAAGCUCUAUGAAUUCAAAAAUAAAUUCGUUGUAGUAAUAUAAUAGUCUGGGACGCGAAUCAAUAAAUUGAACAUUGAAUUCUAAUAGAAAA